AUUUGAGACACUCGAGUGCAUCUUCGCAGCGUAUGUCAACGGACGUAUCUCCUCGAUUCCUUUCAGACGGUCUGCCUGUCGUUGAUCUGUGGCACGGCCGACGUGGUGAUUAUAAAAAAUGGCGGCGACACAACUAAACAGAGCUCGAACCAUUAAGAAAGUUGAAAAACCUCGGCCGCUUAAACUCAAUCAACGCCACUCGACCGUCGAUGGGCGGAUUACGACUGUGGAGGACAUAGUGUCCUUAAUCGAUAAUGUUGCAAUGCAACUAACUAACGGCUUCCACGACCGAACGCUGCAAAUGAAUGUGGUUUCAAUGUAUAAUCACUUGAAACUUUAUGCUCAUCAGUUAGAAGCUAUUUAUAAAGAUCAGCUGGAUAGAGCUUUUGUGGCAAUCAGAAAUGGAAGUCAAGACGAAAAACUAGAUCUGACGACUAGGGUUCACCUGCUGGAACUUAUAGAGUUAAGAGCUACUCAAUGGCGUCACACUGAUUCCAUGGAUGUGUAUUAUACACAAAAAUUAUCACACCUGGAUAAUGUAGAAGUAAUUCCUGACACACCUACAAAUGCAUUAUCAUCUCCUAUGACAACCAUGAGUUCACCUACUAUAACACCAAUUCUAGCACCUGGUGAAGUGAUAAAAAACAGUGGAAAAUUUGUUAAACCCACACGUAUUCCUGGAAAAAACUAUUGCAAAGAUGAAGUUGUUAUACGUAAUAGUGAUUCUGGUAAAGUGAUGGGAAUAAAAGGGCGGCGGGUUCACAUGAUCGAAGAGCUCAGCCAGACAAUCAUCUCCUUCCAGCGAGUAAACCCUGGAGCUAAAGAACGACUUGUCCAAAUCACGGGUACUUCCGAGGACAAGAUACAUUAUGCGAAGGACUUGAUAAAAGAUACGAUUCAACGAAAUGCAUCCCCGGUGAGAUUGGAGCAAGGUGGAGGAGAAAAGGGAGCUAUGGGUGGUUCGAGUUCUUCGUUAAAUAGUAGCGCAUCAGACGAAAGCAAUCGAUUGCAACAGCAACAAAGUUCUCGUUUACGAAGCGCGCUCCUCCACAGCUUCUCCACCAACGACGCCAGUAUAGGCGAAUAUAAAUAUACGGUUACGGUUGGUAACCAAUCACUGAAAAUCACAGGAUGUAAUCUUGAUCUUGUUAGGACUGCAAAGCUGGUACUAGAUGAAUACUUCUUGGGGGAUGCUGAAAAUUUUACAAGUGGUAUAGAGUACUUCAAUUUCGAAGAAGAAUCUCCUUAUUCGGUCUCGUCUUCCAGUACACAAAAAACACCAUUAACCCCAAGUAACACAAACGAAGUAGGGCGGGAGUUAAAUAUGGAUAGCGCUGCAACUUCAGAAAGCGAAGAAACUUAUAAGCCCCGUAUAAUUCCUCAAUCAAAUCCAACUCAGGAAGUUCCAGAAAUAAGAGAACUCACGUAUGAGUUUUUGUUGCUGUGUUCAACAGGCCCUUACGCAAAACGGCCACCCGCAGACUGGGCUCGUAUUCAGAAGGAAUGCCCCAACAUUGUUCGCAAGUUUUUUCAACAGGAACCGAUUCGCUGGUUCGAACCGGAAACAUAUAAAGCUAAAGUAGCAGCUGCUGGGCUUGUUACAGUAUUACCACUUGGAGACGGGGAAACUGAUCCAGAAUGAAAUUAAGAAUUUAAUUCUUUUCGAUCAUCAAAAAAAUUGUAUGUAUUAAUCUGCAUCGAUUUUUAUCUCGAUGUGUUGUGAUAAAUUUUGAAAAACAGACUCAGUAUGAUUGUUCACGAGUGAAUAUGCGGUACACACAUAGGCUCGGAAAUGGACACAUAAUGAUCUGUGAGAUAACUUCUUGUAUUGCUCAAUUCAAUUAUAGCAAUACAAAUUAAUAGAAAUAUUGGGAUAAGCCGUAAUAUUUAUAAACUUAUUAAUUUUUUGCGUGUUUAAAUCAAAAUUUUUCUCAAAAUAACUGUAAUAUUUUUGUAAGCAUUUAUGCUUUUACAUUGUUGCAGUUUACAUUUAUGCAGUUAUAUGCAGAAAAUUUGUAAGGUUCGCAAUGAGUUGCUAACUUUACUUAAUGAAAUGCAUGAAGUGCAGCAAAUAUCCUUAAUCAGUUUUACUGGUACAAGAAGUACCGCUUCGUUAUACUAUUAGAAUUGCAACAAUUCAUUUAAACGCUAAUGAAAGACAGUAAACAGUUUUUAUAUUCUUAGCACGAUAGAUCAAACCAUUGUUGAUCAAAUUAUGUUUAUGAAAAUGAAAUUUUCUGAAACCUGUU